GUCAUGUCACCUGAGACACACCUGAAAGCGACACCUCCUUGUCAGCACUCGCAUGGAAAAGCUCCUCGCUCGGAUUUGGGCUCAUUUUGUGCAAGAUGCCCGUUCAGAUCCCGGACGACUCGGACUUCUCGUCCUUUAAAGACCAGUGCCUGAGCGCGGAGGGCUGGACCAGACGCUACCACAAGGGGGGGCUGAGCGUCUGGUGUAGCCCGCAUGAAGGCGGGAGCCUACAAAAGAUCAAGAUGAAACUAGCGUGCAAGGACGUGAGUGCGGAGACUUUGUACGACGUGCUGCACGACAGCAGCUACCGCAGGAAGUGGGACAGCAACAUGGUGGACACCUACGACAUCGGCAGGCUGACGGUCAAUGCAGACGUGGGAUAUUACGCCUGGAGGUGUCCCAGUCCACUGAAGAACCGCGACUUUGUGACCAUGAGGUCCUGGCUCCCGCUGGGCAGCGACUACCUGAUCAUCAACUACUCUGUCAAACACCCGGUAAAUACAGGAUCUUUGCUAUCAAAGAUCAUCAACAUCUUCUUGGCCAGACUAAAACUACUUCUGUAUUAGUCCAA